GCAUCUCCAAUCUUGUACAUACAUUCCUUUUUAUCGUUUAAACAACGAAUCGUAAAUCACGAUGUCAAGAACAGUGGAAGUAACAGUUUUAUCAGCUGAGAAUCUCCAAAUGAAUAAAAAACCUUUAAGAGGAAACACAUUCGUGACGGUUCACUCCGACGCCAGCAACGACGCAGGUGCUGUCACGAAAGUGGAUUCAGAGGGUGGAAGCUACCCUUCGUGGAAUGAGAAGGUUGUGGUGAACGUGCCCUUGCAUGCAAGGUUCAUAACGGUGGAGGUGAAGUCCAAAACGUCGUCGUCGUCGUCGUUGACGGGGUCUAACAGUAUUGGCGUGGCACGAAUACCGGUUUCUGAUUUCAUCGGAGGGUACGUGCCAGAAAANCAGCUNCAUUUCUUGAGCUACAGGUUGUGGGACGGUAACGUUAGGAGAAAUGGGGUUAUAAAUAUUUCGGUGAGGGUAAAAGCACCGGAACGUUCUUCUUGUAGUUCCAGUUCUAUGCCAUUUGCGGCGGUAACUGGGGUGCCGGUGGCCGGUAAUGGCUCCACCGGAGUUGUCACAGGGAUUCCAGCUCUUUGGUUAAACUACCAAAGAAAUAUCUGAAAAUGUAAAGUUGAUUUAUUUGAUAUUAGAUUGAGAGAGCUUUAUAGUCCCUAUAGUCACUUAUGUGCUUUCAACCUCAUUGUCUCUAUAGUUUAUACAAAAAAUCUUUGAGGGAUUCAGUUCGUUAUGUACUGAAAAAGG